AUGACCAUCGAACCAAGCAACAGACAGGUAAAGCGGCGCUUGUCGGACUCCCAGCCAGAACUCCCGCCCUUGGAGUCUCCAACACCAGUCCUGGGGUCCUUCGAGGGGUCACCAACUAAACAAAGAAGCGACUCGGAUCUCAUGUCUGCCGCCGAGGUGUUGACACAACUCACCAAAACGGACUCCACUCCGCCUUAUGACUUCAGCGAACAUGCAUCCACGGUAGCUUCCCCUGUGUCGACUACAUCGCUUCUGGAAUUGCACCAGCAACAGCAUCCGAUCGUGCAGCUGGUCAAUGCAGUUUCAAAGCUACCCAUAGUGACCAACGCCGUCAAGUACUACGAGCUGGGUAAGAGAAACUAUGCUACUUUCAACUAUGCAGCAGAAAUUGUGGAGAAGGCUGCCAUGCCUGUUUUCAAUAAGAUCGAAAUCAAUUUGAACAGUAUACAUCAAGCGCGGCUUGAGGAGGCCCGCCGCAAGAAGAAGAGACGUUUGGAAAAGCCUAAGGACAGAAACGAGAUUAAAAAGCGUUUAAAGUUCUGUUUGCAUAUUUUAAAGCUUGCCAACGACAAUAUCAGCACGAAAGUCACGUAUCUCCAGCAAAAGAUUAAGGAUAAGGAGUCUGAUAAGAGCCGGGUCAAACAAGAGGAGUCUGAUCGUAUGCAUGAAAGUAAAGCAGCGGCAGUCAAUGAAAUUGCAGAAACUGCACCGGCAUCAACAGAGGCGGAGUUGCCCAAGGAGGCCGAGACUCAGACGGAAAUUGUGGCCACAGUCAAGAAGAUCAUCCAUGUGAUCUCCAAUUUCAAGCCCAGCUCAUUGGAUGUACUGGAGAAGGCUCCUGAAGAAACUCAAAAGGAGGACGAAGAUGUGGAGUUAAAGUCUACGAUCCGCCAGAUCAUUUUUGACUUGCCCAACCACAUUCAACAGAGUGCAGUUUCUACGGCCGAAGGAGGGAAUGACCGGGUGGUCGUUUUUGCUAAGGAGUCGUUGGAGAUGAUUGGCAAAUUGACGUCAGUGUUCAAUGCUCAGUUGGAGAAGGCAGAGAAGUGGGUAGGUGGUACGGAGAGGAAUACUAACGAACAAUUUCACAGUCCAUUGAACUCCCCUGAAGCGUCCGCUGACCACUAG